GGUAUUUACUUUAAAAGCUUUAAGAAAAUAAGUUUAGAUAAGAAAUGAGAAUCAAACCAAGAGUUAGCUUUCACUUUUUUCUAUAACAGCUGUGAAUUAUUUAUAGUUAUUAUGAUAAACUGUCUUUAUUGUAUACCACACAAAAUAAACAUUUGCAGAAAGUAAAACCAGUUGGAGCAGUAUAAUUUAUGAAUUCUAAUCUCCAUCGUUAUCGUUAUUUAUUCAUAUACAGUAUACACUUAAGAAAUAAGGAUAAUAAUGUAAUCCAAAAAUAAACUGGAAUAAAAGUCACGUGUUUACCCUUGAAUCCCCGGCGUAUCCAUCGUUAUGACAACGAGGCGGCUUUAUCGAUAUUCCCUCCGACUCGGAGAUAUAAACUUUUCCAUCUAACAUCCAGCGUAAAAAACAUGCUAUUACCUUACACCAUUUCGCCAAAAUAUAAGAGUAACUUAAGAUAAUUGGACUAGGAAAUUCUGAUAGAACAAACAAAGGUUACGUAAAAGUGACAAAAUGGGUAAUACAGAGAGUAAUGUUACAAGUGGCGUGAAGAAACAGGCAGGAACAUCGACGCAGAAGCUGUACAAACUAAUCGACUUGAAAGGUGGUGGACUCCUAGUAGACAUGAUGAAACGGGCUGUCCAAAACAAGCAGUACGCAGAGAUAGACCACGCAAUCAAGACAAAGGUGGAGCCGUUUCUCUACAAUAAGGGCAAGGGCCGGUAUAUACCUAUAUCACAUCUUGUGCUUCUGCGAAACAAAGAACGACCCAGGCACAAGCUGCUCCCACCGUUGCGAGGAAUGGAAAAUCCUGAUGAAGAAUUUGACGUAGAAAAAGACUGGCCGGCGGUAAGCCAAGAGGAAUACGACGCCAACCCUUCUGGUUACAGGGAACUGUGUUGGGACCUCAAGGAGCGCGGAGCAGUCGGCGAAACAAUCCUACACCUUUGCCUGCUGAAUGCAACUUCCCUCUUGGCAGACCUCGCCAAGAGGCUCCUGCGCUUCUACCCUAAGCUCAUCAACGACAUCUACAUGAGCGACGAAUAUUAUGGGGAGAGUGUACUGCACAUGACGAUAGUCAACGAAGACCCUACAAUGGUAAAGUUUCUGUUGGAUGCGGGCGCGGAUUACCACGAGAGGUGCUGCGGGAACUUCAUGUGCCCCGAAGACCAGAAGGCUUCAAGGUCCGACUCGCUAGACCACGAGUGGGUCAAUGUUACCCGGGACACUAACUAUGUCGGAUAUGUCUACUGGGGCGAGUAUCCUCUCAGCUUCGCAGCGUGUCUGGGCCAAGAGGAGUGCUACCGUUUGAUAUUAGCGAGAGGGGCAGACCCCAACAACCAAGACACUAAUGGGAACACAGUGCUGCACAUGCUGGUCAUUUAUGACAAGAUUAGCACAUUCGACAUGGCAUACGAAGUGGGUGCUUCCCUCAACAUUCGCAACUCUCUGAACCUCACGCCCCUGACCCUGGCUGCCAAGCUCGCCCGGACCGAACUAUUCUUCCACAUCCUCAACAUCGAAAGGGAGAUAUACUGGCAAAUCGGGGCUACUACGUGUGCGGCCUAUCCUUUGGGGCAAGUGGACACUAUAGAUACGGAGACAGGGCUCAUUAGUAAGGACUCUGCUCUCAAUUUGGUCGUUUUUGGGGAAAAAGAUGAGCACUUAGAACUCCUCGAAGGCAUGCUAAUCGAUCUCCUCAAAACGAAAUGGAACACGUUCGUCAAGUUCCGCUUCUACCGUCAGUUCAUACUGUUCUCCUGCUACUUCCUGAUAUCCCUCGUCUGCUUUACCCUUCGCCCCGGGACGCCUGAGAGACCAGUCAAUGCAACCGCCUUGAACUCUACUGCAGGACCUGUUUUGAAUGAAACUGAACUGUAAAACAAUAUUCGCGUAAUUUCAGCCACCGAAGCUCCCAAGGAAACGGAUAUGGAAGGGUGGUGGGAAGACCUCACGGAGGAGUGUAGGUUAAUGGACUUUGAGCCUUGGCAAGCAAAGGUUCGAAUAUCAGCUGAACUACUGCUCUGGCUCGGAGCCUUAGCGUAUAUUGGAGCUGCGCUGCGAGAAGCGAGGUUUCUGGGGCUGAAGAUGUUUAUUGAGAACUUGAGUACGGUACCUUCAAGAGUGAUGUUCCUCUUCUCCUGCUUGUUGAUGAUCGCUCUACCAACGCUGCGGCUGUGGUGCGCCGACGAGGCGGAGGACCAUCUGGCCGUCAUCAUUAUGCUCACUACCGCGCCUUACUUCUUAUUCUUCUGUCGUGGCUUCAAGACAGUCGGUCCAUUCGUGGUGAUGAUCUACCGCAUGGUGAUGGGUGACUUGCUUCGAUUUGUCUGCAUCUACUUGGUUUUUGUCAUGGGCUUUUCUCAAGCGUACUACGUAAUCUUCCUGUCGUUCGACAACCCCAACACUCCUGAGGGCGUGGACGACUCGGUGUCGAACCCCAUGCCCUCGCCCAUGGAGAGCAUCAUGGCCAUGUUCCUCAUGUCGCUCACAUCCUUCUCCGACUACUACGGCGCCUUCGAGAGGACUGACCAUGAGAUUGAAGCAAAGCUGCUGUUCGUGAUCUACAUGAUAAUAGUGGCUAUUCUCUUAGUAAACAUGUUGAUUGCCAUGAUGGGUAACACGUACCAGAAGAUAGCGGAGACGAGGAACGAGUGGCAGAGGCAAUGGGCCAGGAUUGUACUGGUGGUAGAGCGAGGAGUUCCUCCAGCACAGAGGCACAAGCAACAACUGGUGUAUAGCCAGCCCAUGGCCAAUGGGAAGAGGGCUUUGGUACUGAGGAUCAACCAAAAGGACGAGGACAAAGAGGAAAUGAAAGAGAUCCUGGAAAUGAAGAGGACCCACGACCGAAUCGUAGCGAAAAGGAAGCAAAGGGAGGCCGAGCUGAAAGGCGUGAAGGGCCGUCCUCCGCCGCCGCCUACAAGAGACUACCCUACAAGAAAAUAAAAACCUUUCAAAAUCACUCAACAUGCUGAUGAUGACUAAUCGUUUAUGAUACAAUAUCUAAAUUUUUCACUCAUAAUGGUAAUGAUGACUAAUUGUAAGAUGUACAUCUGUCACCGUAAAAUUGUGAAUUUCGUCAGAUUAUAAUCUGACGUAG